AUGAGCAGAACGCGGCGCGGAGGAGGCGGAACCUUUCGUAGUGGGGGCGGCCCUGCUGCCUGCGCAGGCGCACGGAGAGCCGGCCGCCAAAAUGAAGGUGCUUAUAGGGCCCUGACUCAGCUGCUGCGCUCCCGAGGACACGAGGUGACGGUGGUCUCCCGCCAGCCCGGUGCCAAUCAUAUCACUUGGAAUGAGCUUACCCACUCUGGGUUGCCCCCCUGUGAAGCUGUGGUCAACUUGGCUGGGGAGAACAUCUUCAACCCCUUCAGAAGGUGGACUGAGGCCUACCGGAAGGACCUACUCAGCAGCCGUCUCGACACUACCCACAUAUUGGCUACAGCCAUUGCCAAGGCCACACAGCCUCCCCAGGUCUGGGUCUUGGUCACAGGCACAGCUUAUUACCAGCCCAGCCUGACUGCAGAGUAUGAUGAGGACAGUCCUGGUGGUGAUUUUGACUUCUCAAACCUGGUGUCCAGGUGGGAAGCAGCAGCCAAGCUCCCCGGGGAUGCCACACGCCAGGUGGUGGUUCGCUCUGGUGCCGUGCUGGGCCGUGGGGGUGGUGCCAUCGGCUCCAUGCUGCUGCCCUUCCGCCUAGGCCUUGGUGGGCCUACUGGUUCAGGUCGACAGUUCUUUCCCUGGAUCCAUAUUGAGGACAUGUCAGGGAUCCUGGUCCAUGCUAUAGAGAAUAACCAUGUUAAUGGGAUCCUGAAUGGGGUUUCUCCAGCUUCCUCUACCACCAAUGCUGAGUUUGCCAAGGCCUUAGGUGCUGCUCUGGGCCGCCCUGCCUACCUCCCUCUGCCCAGCCCUGCUGUCCAAGCAGUCUUUGGGCGAGAACGUGCUGUUAUGCUGCUGGAGGGCCAGAACGUGAUACCUCGAAGGACUCUGGCCAGCGGCUAUCAAUAUGUCUUUCCAGAGUUGGAGGCUGCCCUGAAGCAGUGUGUGUCUUGAAAAGGCUUAAAGGGCUAUUUCUCUGAAAGGGGCCGUCCUGUUCAGAUCUUGAUCCUAUGUAUAUAACCAAUUCCUUAAAACAUUUUCCUGAGGCUCUCAGACUCUGUGUGUAUGUAUGUGUGUACACAAAACAUAUAUGUAUAAGAUAUUUAUAAUAAAGUAACAUUAGUGACUUCAUUUUGCCCCAUCCACAAUUUUAUAAAGUUAAAUUUUAAUUUAAGUCACAAGAUUUCCCCUCUUAACUGUCACCCAACUUAAGGAAUGUCACAAAACUACCCCUCUCCCCUCAGAGUCUUCCAGUCCUCUCUACCAAUAAGAAACCAGGUGUCUCAAUCCUUAUAAUCCUGUUCUUAUUUUUCACUCCCUCCAAAUUGUAUAUUAACUGUGUAAAAACCAAUGGUCAUUGUGCUUUGCUACCAGGAGCCUUGGACCCAAUUUGUUUCUGCAGCUGUAUACCCUACUAAAUAUAAAUAAGUCAUUUGUCUGAA